AUGGGUUUUUUAAAAAUCGGAACCCCUUUAAGUUGGGAAGAUGUGCAAAAUGUCAAAUCAUUAAUCAGAUUAUACGGAAUAUUACAAUUUGUUCAUUCUUAUAAAUGUAAUAAGGAUCGCAAUGAUGAGCAUAUUAUGUUUGGCGAUGAGAUUGAAUAUAUAGUUAUAAGAAAUGAUGAUAAAUUAAAAGAAUCAUCUGCACUUUUAUGUGCUACUGAUUUGAUUGAUGAGAUGAUGAACUUAGAAAGUGGGACAGAUUGUCAAUAUGGGUCUCAUUGGACUCCUGAAUAUUCUUCUUUUACAAUUGAAGGUACACCAUCAGUUCCAUUUAAAUUUGAAUUUAAUUCAUCAUAUUUUAUUGAACAUUGCAUGAAAAUUCGAAGACAUAAAUUAAAUAAUGUUUUAAGUGGCUUACCAGGUGUUCGAGUCAUAACACUCCCAUGUUACCCUAACGUACUUUUAGACAAUAGUCUCAUGAUGGCAAAAAGAAUAAACCUUGAAAAUAAAAAACAAAAAAAAAAUGAAAAAAAUAAACAAGAAAUAAUAGACACAUCUCCUAUAGAUUAUAAUUCCAUAAAAAUUAAUCAAACAAUUCAAAAGGUAGAAAAUGGUGAAGAAAAUAAUGAAGAAAAUGAAACAAAAAAACAACCUUCUCAAAAAAGUGAAACUAAAAUUAUUAGCAUUGAUAUUAUAUCAGAUAUUGAUGAAAACAAAUCAACCCAUUUUGUUAGUUCCGAUAUUGCUCAACAUAAAUAUGAUGAUCUAUUAAUUCCUGAUAUAUCUAUGGAUGGGGAUGAUAGUAAUAAUAGAAAGAAUAUAAAAAAUGAUGACGUUGUUGAUAAGGGUGAUGAAGCAAAUGAAAACGCAGGCAUCGAAGGAGAAGAUAAUAUUUAUAUGCCAACAAUAAAAGAAGAUUCCAUAUUUAAAUGUGAAUUAUUUAAACCUGAAAUAACAAAUGAAUAUAGUAAUAGUUGUUUAGUUACUGAUAUGGUUAUUAGUCCUCAUUCAAGAUAUGUAACACUAACUAAGAAUAUAAGAAAAAGAAGAGGAACUAAAGUUAUAUCUUUUAAUGAAAUAUAUAAAGAUGUACAUACAGAAAAUAUGGAUAUAUGGAAACUAUCUUUAGAUAAAAAUGAUGAUAGACUUUUUAAAAAAAAAUUUAAAAAAAAAACUUUAGAUGCUCAUCUCAUUUGGAAUAAAUCAAUGACAAACGAGAAAAAAAUUGAAAAAGUUGAAAAAGCUGAAAAAAAUGCUGAAAAAAAAAAAGUAGAAAAAAUUGAAGAACAAAAUGACAAAACCGAAUUAUUGGACAAAGUAAUAAAACACAGUCUGUUUAGUAACAUAGAUGAUGAUGAAGAUUAUGUAUAUUCUUAUAAUCGUGAAUUUAUAGAAGAAUAUUCAAAAAAAUGUAAAAACCCAAUUAAAAAUUAUGUAUAUUUAGAUGCCAUGUUUUUUGGUAUGAGUAUGUGUUGUCAACAAAUUACAAUGUCUUUUCAAACAAUUGAUGAUGCAAAAUAUGUAUAUGAUCAGCUAGCUGUUAUUGCACCAUUAUUUUUAGCUAUAACAGCAUGUACACCAUAUUUAGGUGGAUUCUUAACUGAAACAGAUGCACGAUGGAGAGUUAUAUCAAAUAGUGUCGAUUGUAGAACAGAAGAUGAAUUGUCUUACAUUUCAAAACCAAGAUAUUCAGGAAUAUCUUUAUACAUAUCUGAUGAGUUACCAUUAAAAAAUAAUUAUUAUUUUUACAACGAUAUUGAUAUUGUUUUAAAUAAAAAUGUUUAUGAUAAAUUAAUAAAAGAAAAUGUAGAUGAAUAUUUGGCUAGACAUAUUUCAUCAUUAUUUGUUCGUGACCCAAUUGUAGUAUUUGAAGGUUCAUUUAGUGAGCAAGAUAUUAGUACAAUAAAAAAUAUUAUAAAUGAAAAAAAUGAAAAUGUUAAUAAUUCUAAAAUGUGGACUGAAGAAGAAAUGAAUAAAAUAUAUUUAAGUGAUGAUUUUGAAUUUUUAGAAGAUUAUAAAGAAAAAGUAUUAUCAUCACAUCAACAUUUUGAAAAUUUCCAAAGUACAAAUUGGAAUAGUGUUCGAUUUAAACCACCACCAAUAUUAGAUAAUUAUUUAACUGGUCCUAGCUCAAUUGGAUGGAGAGUUGAAUUUCGAACUCCUGAUAUACAAAUAACAGACUUUGAAAAUGCUUCUGUUGUUGCAUUAAUUAUGGUAUUGUCAAAAUUUAUAUUAAAAAAAAAAUUAAAUUUAUAUAUACCUAUGUCUAAACUAGAAGAAAAUUUAUUUAGAUCAUCUAAACGUGAUGCAAUAUUAAAGGAAAAAUUUUAUUUCCGCAAUGAUAUAAAUUAUGAUACAUCAAAUAAUGAUAUAGAAGAAAAAAGUAUUUAUGAAAUAUUUUUUAAUAAAACUAAUGGAAUUUUAUAUUUAUGUUCUUUAUAUAUAGAAGAACAAUUUGAACAAGGUCUAAUUAAUUUAUCAGCAAAAAAUAAAAUUAAUGAAUAUAUACAAUUUAUUGAAUUAAGAUGUAAAGGUGAAAUAUCUACUGGUGCAUCAUUUUUAAGAAAGUUUAUUUUAAAUCAUCCAUCAUAUGAAAAAAAUUCAUAUAUAAAUAAUCAAAUUAAUUAUGACCUUUGUAAAUUAAUAUCGGAUAUAGGUAAAGGUGAAAUUGCUCCUUAUGAAUUAUUAGGUGGUUUUGUUGAUCCCCAUAAAGAGAGAAUUAAAAAUAAUUUAAGACGUAUUAGUAAAAGACAAUAUUUAAAAUCAUUAGCAUAUAAAUUUAUUUCAGGAGAAGACUAUACUCAAUAUCUUCUCCUUAAUGAAGAUCUAAAACAUGAUAAAGAUUUUUUUAUUCAAAAUAAAAAUACAAAUUAUGAGGAAUCUGAUGAAUCCAUUGAUGAUAACAUGCUUGAAUUUGGGAAAAAACUUUACCAAUUCAGUGCAUAG